AGCCACAUAUACUCAACUCCAUGUCCCAUGUAAUCACACCAGGAACAACCUUAAUCUUUAUCCUCCCAUUCAAUCACCAGGACCACUAGGCCAAUCCAUAUGAGCAAAUAACUAGUUUUCAAUCACAGCUAACAAUUCUUGCACAAAUGGAAAGCAUUGUUGUACAAUCUCUCUCCCUUGCAAAAAUACCAAAGUCUCAAGCUUGCUCUGCUUCUGUGUUGAAUUCAUCUCACUCCAAUGCCACUUCAGUAACUUUCAGUUCAGUAACCCAUCAUCAUCUACCCAAGUGCUUUAUUUUUCGGCUACCAGGUGGUGUUAGACUGAAAGCAAAAGGAAAGGUGAACCUGGGAGCUAUAAAUGCCUCAGAGGCUGCAACCCCAACAACAGAAGCUGCAGAAAGAUGGCUUCUUGAACCAGUUGGAGAUGGUGACACAAGGCACAUAGGCUUCAAGGUCGAUAUGCCAGGUGCAUAUGAAAUUGCUUCUAGUGUAGUGACUGUUGGACGUGUUCCUGAGAAAGCUGAUCUGGUGAUCCCAGUUGCAACAGUGUCGGGUGUGCACGCACGCAUUCAGAAGAAACCAGGGAAACUUCUUGUUACAGAUUUGGAUAGCACCAAUGGGACGUUCAUUGAUGACAAGCGGCUGAGACCUGGAGUAAUUUCACCUGUAUCUUCUGGGAGUCUUGUUACAUUUGGAGACACCCAUUUGGCCAUGUUCCGAGUAUCAAAGGUUGGAGAUGUGAAGGCUGCUGACAGUGAUACAGCAGAAGAAACUGAAGGUGAACUAGACCCUGAUAACAAAUCUGAUGAUAAUACUGAAACAAGUUGAAAUUCUAGUUGUAGAGUGCACACUUUGUUUUUGUAUAGUUAAAAUUAACAAAUGAAAUUUUCGGCUUUGAUCAUUUGAAAACAUUUAUGUAUAAUGCAAACUUUGUUUUGCAAUGCCAUUUUGCUAUAA